UGUAAGAAUAAUUCCUCUUAUGAAAAUGGCGUCGAGUCAGGGAGGUGUGGGAGCUGUAACUGCUCUUCCAAACCAUCACUUAUCCAACGGACCUCACUGGAACCCGGGGAUCAACCAGCAUCAGCUCCACACGGCCCGGAGUUUAGACCGCGCUCUGGAGGAUGCUGUGUGCUCAGGGACGUUGAAUCUUAGCGGGAGGAAGCUGAGAGACUACCCUGGACUGUGCUAUGAUCUUACUGAUACAACGCAGGCAGAUCUGUCGAAGAACAGGCUCACAGAGAUUCCCCCAGAGGUGUGUCUGUUCGCCCCACUCGAGUCCCUCAACCUAUACCACAACUGCAUCAAAUGCAUCCCAGAAACCAUCAUCAACUUGCAGAUGCUGACCUAUCUCAACAUCAGCCGGAACCUUCUCUCAACAUUGCCAAAAUACCUGUUUAGCCUCCCCCUCAAAGUGCUGGUGGUGAGCAACAACAAGCUAGUGUCCAUCCCAGAGGAAAUUGGGAAGGCCAAAGAGCUGAUGGAGUUGGACAUCAGCUGUAAUGAGAUCCAGGUGCUGCCCCCUCAGGUGGGGAGGCUCCAGGCCUUACGGGAACUCAACAUCAGGAGGAACUGUCUUCACAUGCUGCCUGAGGAGUUGGCGGACCUGCCACUCACCAGACUAGACUUCUCCUGCAAUAAGAUCACAGAGAUCCCUCCUGUCUACAGGAGACUCAGGCAGCUGCAGCACAUCAUCCUCGACAACAACCCUAUGCAGUCCCCACCUGCACAGAUCUGCCUGAAGGGCAAGGUGCACAUCUUUAAGUACCUGAACAUCCAAACAUGUAGGUUGAAUAAGAAGCCUGACUCUCUGGACCUCCCCUCCCUGGGCAAACGCUGCCUUCCCCAGCCUCUGACCGACAGCAUGGAGGAUUUUUACCCCAGUAAGAACCACGGUCCUGACUCUGGUAUCGGCAGUGACAACGGGGAUAAAAGACUGUCUACGACGGAGCCUUCUGACGAUGACACCAUCAGCCUGCACUCUCAGGUCUCAGAGACGGCCCGCGCCGACACGCUCUCUCUCCUCUCCAAGAUGGACUCAGGCAAAGAUCAGGAACCCUAUGACUUCAUCGAGCCCAACCCAGAGGAGGAUGCUGCCCUGUCAGAGGGGGACGGGCAGCAGAGUGGUGGACCCUACAUCUCCUGUAUAAAGGAAUUGGAGAAGGUUCUUAACAAGUCACACCAAAGCAAAGAUAAGGAAAGCUGGAAAGAGGAGUCUGGCUCUGAUAAAGAUCAGCUAGCUGAGGAGGAGGAGGAAGAGGAGGAGGAGGAGGAAGAGCUGAAGGAGGUGCUGGACCUGAGGAAGAUUGCCGUCCAGCUCCUGCAGCAGGAGCAACAGAACAGACGACGAUCCUUAAUUUGUAGAGCAGAGAGUCUAAUUCAUCGAAGGAGGGUUGCCGGCCGUGCACACAGGUUCCUCAGUCACUCUGGCAGCUCCGGCAGCAAACAAAGGUCCCCCUCUCAGGCUAUCCGCAGUGCCUCUCUGGAUGAAGCGAACAGUGGCACGACAGUGCUGAGUGGGCAGGACCCUGACUUCACAGACGACGACGACGCUUUCUCUGAGCCCUCCUCUUCAUGCUCCUACGAUGGCAGCCUGAAAUCCGAGUCAGACACGGAGCCAAAGUGGCCAGAGGUUCCACCUGUACUCAACCAGAACGAGGAGCGCAGGAGGAACAAGUAUCUGAGGAAAGAUUAUCUGAAGAACAAGUCCCAGAGUGCCCGACGAAACUCCAGUGGGAACGACGAGUGUGAGGAGGUAUUGCGGAAUGCUGAGUUCAGCACCACCCUCACAGUGUUUGGCCUUAAACCAAGAUCAGCUUUUUGCCGAAGCAGCCGCCAGGAGCCGUCAGACCCCAGUUUCACCAUGAGGAGGAAGAUGGAGCACCUGCGGGAGGAGAUGGAGCAGGUUGGCCUCCUACGGCAGAACCUGGAGUCCAGACUGAAGGUCUUGCUGCCGGACGAUGUGGGAGCUGCUCUGAUGGAUGGCGUUGUCUUGUGCCAUCUGGCCAAUCACAUUCGUCCUCGGUCGGUGGCCAGCAUCCAUGUACCCUCGCCCGCAGUGCCAAAGCUUAGCAUGGCCAAGUGCCGCAGGAAUGUGGAAAACUUCCUGGAUGCCUGUAAGAAGCUGGGUGUGCCACAGGACAAGCUGUGUUUGCCCCACCACAUCCUAGAGGAGCGUGGGCUGGUGAAGGUGGGCAUGACCGUCCAGGCUCUACUGGAUCUGCCAGCCUCCAAGCCCACCCAGCUAUCUGCUGUCUAACAGCAGCCUGGACACUGCCUCCACCCUCCCUGUCCAGUCCAGUCAAGCCAUUCACCCCCCCAGCCCUACACCCCACAGAGGAGGGGGCUUCCAGCCCGCUUCGCUCAUCACCAGAGAACCCUUAGGGGCGAGGGCCCGGGGGGUUGCAGGGAGUCCAUUGUCAGCUGAUUGAGCCAGGAGAAGGAGGGGUUAAUUCAGAUCCUCCCACCCUUCCUAUAUGAUGUCAGCUGGGACCCGCCUCCCAUCCCAUCAGAUUGUUAGCUUCUGUCAAGUCCUACCCUCAGGGGACCCUACUGUACUGUGUGUGUGUAGAGUACCAGUGUGACUGUCUGUGUGACCUGCGCAGUGUGGACUUUAUGAGUGCUGGUGAACCUAAAGCCAGGUCAGAGGUCAGACUAAGGAGGGAAUCGCAGUGAAGAUGAAGACCUGUCUGUCACCAUGGUGAUAUUGACUGGCCCAUGGUCAGACACCAUUGAACCUAGUGGUGCCAACACUGAAGUCACUGGGUUUUCAAUUCUCUGUAUUAAAAUACAUUGGUAGUGAAGUGAUAGCUGUUUUAAAGGCAUGUACUCAUCACUCUUUCACUCAGAGAACAUAACUGCAUGCUGGCCCACCAGCCAUACCACAUAACUCAAGUGGUCCUUAACCUCUUUGACUUUUCUUUUGUAGAACAAAUUAGCAUUCAAAUUGGAUUUUGAGUCAUACUUGUACAAGAGCGUUGUGUUCUAUCACAGUAUACCUCUGUUUGACAGAGGUAAAGCUUGGGAUGUCCUUAACAGUGCUUUACCUCAGAGGAGCCACCAGUAGCUAAACCCCAGUACACACACUUCUUACAGUCUGCAUUUGACUAGAAUUAUUGUACUGUCAAUAACAGUGCUAUUUGGGGGAAGAAUGCUACGUUUACUUUUAAAAGCAUGGUGUCCAUGAUUCAGAUGGAUGUUAAAACUGCCGCACAUUCGGAUAGAGACUUUCUCACCUGCACAUGGUUGCUGAUGGUGUUGGUCUCAUGUCCAAUGACCCAUCUGUCUACUGCUCUGCUGUGGUGAAGGGAGGAUGCUCUGAGGUACUGCAGGUGGUUUUGAUAGCUCACCACACUACAGUAUACGAGAGAGCCAUCCCACUGUCACGGGACGUUCUGUCAAAUGCAGACCUAAAGACACAAGACUACUGUGACUGCAUGUAGCUUUGAUUCGAAUCACAUGUUCGUUUUGAAUAGGACUAGUUGAAAGCACAGGGGUAUGUAGUUGGGAUAUUGUACCAUAUACACUUACAAUCCUGAGAUUGUAUCUUUUGGUCAUUUUGAUGCAAUGAAACAUUUGUUUUAAUGUUGAAAUAUUUCAUCUUUAAGUUUACAACUUGCUCCUCUGGUUGGAUUCACAUCUGCAAAACGUCAAAUAAGGAAAACAAAAUAAGCAAUUAGGUGGUCCCAUAGAUUAAUCUGAAAUAUUUUAUCAGGGAAACUAUUUAUCUAUUUAUUUUUUCUAUUUAUGUGCUUUAUACCUGUUCAGGCAACACUCUCUAGAUGGCAGUAUGCACCCUUUCAGUUUGUUUACCAACUCACAGAAGUAGUAGAUUAAGAAAAUUGAAAACGCCCUCUAUGGCGCUGGCCGUGCGCUCACAGAGGCCAUAAUGGAACAUGUACAAAGAUCUCUACAUUUACCACAAAGGACUAGGAAAAAUACAUUUGAACAUCCCUCCAACUGGUAAUUACUAGUGGAAAACUUGUCUCAUCCUUGAGGUAGGAAUUUACCAGAUGUGAAAUCGUAAAUACCAGUUGGAUGCAUUCACUUGCCUUGAUCUGGUUGAGAAACCCCCGAUUUGCUUAUAGACAAAAAGCUGUCUCAAACAUUAACUAAAAGUAUAGCCAUCAGGUUUGUAAACAAAUGAUAGUGUUUAAAAACCAUAUUAAUAUAUUAGCAUUUGGGUACGGUUUGUUCUUAGGUGUCUCAAAGUCCGAUUCAAUUAACCUCAAAUUGCAGGAAAUCUAAACCAUUGUUCCUGCUGUGAAUAGUUUCACUUAAAAGGAGUUUCAUUUGGUUUCCAUUUAGUAAUGAUGGUCCUAUUAUUGCAAAUAUCCAUUCUUAACUUCAAAUGUGCUUUUGUGUGGGAUGCAGGAACAAUGGUAUUUCAAAUCAAAUUGUAUUAGUCACAUGCACCGAAUACAACAGGUGUAGACCUACAGUGAAAUGCUUACUUACGAGCCCCUAACCAACAAUGCAGUUUAGAAAAAAAAUGCGGAUGGGAAUAAGAAAUAAAAGUAGCAAGUCAUUAAAUGGCAGCAGUAAAAUAACAACAGCGAGACUAUAUACAGGGGGGGAAUCGGUUUUGUCGUGCCCUCUUCAUGACUGUCUUGGAAUGCUUGGACCAUGUUAGUUUGUUGGUGAUGUGGACACCGAGGAACUUGAAGCUCUCAACCUGCUCCACUGCAGCCUCGUCGAUGAGAAUGGGGGUGUGCUCGAUCCUGUUUCCUGUAGUCCACAAUCAUCUCCUUUGUCUUGAUCACGUUGUGGGAGAGGUCUCUGCAAUGUCCGUUUUGAUUUAAUCAGUGUUACUCACUGAUAAAUAUCUAACUCCUUACUCAUACUGCUGUUUAUGUUGCCAAUAACACGGUUGUUCCCACUCCCAUGUCUAUCUGUUUUUUUACUGUCACUUUGCCAAUGAAGCUCAUCUCUUGUUUGCUGUGUGUGUGUGUGUGUGUGGAGAGCUCAUGUAUGGUAUCACAGUUUUUUAAUAUGCCAAGCAUUUUAUUACUGACAUGAUGGUAGAACUACUGUAAAUACAUUACCUGUACAAGAGAGAACAUUCCAUUCUUUUAGUUGGCUUUGUGUCUGUGUUUAUCUGUUAAUUGGAACGUGCUGUGCUCGUACACACUGAAAUCCGAGCUGGCCACGGAAGCCUGCUUUGACUGACGUUUUUGGGAAUGUAUCUCUGAUGCAGUUCAAUUUUCGUGUAUAGAUUAUUUUAUUAUGUUCUAAGUGAUGAUUGGUGGUUUCAGUAUGUAUUCCGUUUGGCAGCCUCCCCUGUUCAGAAUGCCUUGUGCGUCUUUUACCUGCCAGUGACCACCCACCCCACCCCACAGCAUCGCAAUUGCCAGAACAAGAGCUGUUGAUGUCUCUGACUCAUAGUUACUGUGUUCCCAUUUGUUUAUCUCUAUACUCAUCCCAGAAACAUGCAACAUAGCCCAUCUCCUCCUCACAUUAAAAGUCCCAAGGCCCUCAAGGCAACACUUCAACAAGGCUUAGUUGUAAUUAUAGUCAUCAAGUAGCCUACCAAUGUGACAAGACUCUUCAACUGGUGUUUGAGUUGGACACAGAUCAUUCCUUAAGAUUCUCUUGACACAAGACAUAAACAUGUACAAUUGUUUGUUGACAGAACAUAAUUACCAGCUAUCGUUCCUUAUUCUUUACAUCAAACAACUUUCAUACAAGCCUUAUACUUCGGUAAUCCUAAUACCAAAUGAAUUGUUCAUCCCUAAUUGGUUGCCAUGUCAGAGCAUUAGUAAGCUUUGUGUCAUGGUAUAAUGUAUAUGUUAUAAACCUGCCCCAUUUUCCUCCAGACCCAUCCACAUUAGCCUAGUCUGCUUUCCCACUUGUCCCCCACGUCUACGUCACUCAUGCUGUUUUGAGCUUUCAAUUCUUUGAUUAAAAGAGCAGGAAGAAUCAUCUACACACUAUACUGCCGAGAAGCAUUCUGAUGUAUUCUGUACAUACAGGUUUUGUAUUUAAAAGAAACAAUGCAUGCAAGGAUCCUGGAUGACCGAGCCCCAUGUGUGUGUGUGUGUAUAUAUCCUCUGUAUAAAUUGUGGGGUGUUUCUAAAAAAUAAAAACAUUGGAAAACAAA